GAAAUAAUCGCUUCCUCGUAGAGGACAAGACAAGACUCAUUUUAAACCCACAUUUCACCGUUUAUUUCACAAUUAAACCGUCUAAAUGCAAAUCUAGAGUCUUCAGCCGCACCUCUUCAGUGCUGUGAUGUCGACUUCAUCCGUGUCUAAGGGCUGUUUCGUUUUUAAGCCAAGUGCUAAGAAGAAAAAGACGCAGAGUUUGGAGGAUUAUUUCAUCCAUGGCUGUGAUGGAGCUGAGAACAGAGAGACAAGAUUUAAACUUUGUCAAGAUUUAUGGGACACAAUUAAAGCAGAAACAGAGACUUUACAGGAUGAACUCAACAGGAAAAUCUUAGACAGUUUGCUGGACUUCACAAGGAAGUGCUCCUCCACUCGCCAGCACAGUGACUGGGCUGCACAGAUGAGGGCGAGUGAGAUUCCCACAGCAGCUCUUGUGCUCGGUGUGAAUGUCCCAGACCACGACAUGACCUUUCAGAGUCUGUCUGAGCUGCUGCAGCAGUCUGUCAGCCCUUACGUGGCCUCUGUGCAGGCCAAAGAGUGUGGAGCAUUAAAGCAUUUGAUGAAGAGGGUCCUGGAGAGGUUAAUGGACACCACAGUGACGGUGGAUGAUGAGGAGGAAGAGGCAGAACAAACCAGCACAUCGCUCCACAAGAGUGUGCACUGUUCACUUGGAUCACUCUGUGAUUGGUACAACGCAAAAACAAAGAAAUCCAGUUCUGGCACUCCAGGAAAGAAGCGUAGCUCUCCUGUCAAAGAUGAGCCACAGCAGCCUCCUGUUGUUAUUAUUUUCAAAGAUCUGGAGGCUUUCAACUCAAGAGUUCUUCAGGACUUCAUUCUUAUAUGCAGCCGCUACAUUGAACGUCUCCCUCUGAUGUUCAUUUUUGGUAUCGCCACAUCGCCCAGCACCAUCCAGCACAUGCUGCCCCACUCGGUGUCCUCCCUGCUGUGCAUAGAACUCUUCCAGUCUCUGUCUUGUACACAGCACCUGUCCACAGUCAUAGACAAGUUGAUCCUGACUUCUCACUUCCCCUUCAAGCUGAACGGUAAAGUGAUGCAGGUGCUCAUCAGCAUCUUCCUCUACCACGAUUUCUCAGUGAGAAACUUCAUCAAGGGCGUUCAGCUGGCCCUGCUGGAACACUUUCACUCUCAGCCUCUCAGCGUGCUCUGCUGUAAGAAGAAGGAGGCUCUGCUUAACGUGAUGCAGCUCAGUCACGGCGACUUGGAAAGGAUCAGGCAGCUGCCGUCUUUCAAGAGGUAUGUAGAGAAGCAGGAACCUCAAGAACAGGUGAAUCUGUCGACGGAUGACGCUCAUUUAAAGGAGGUUUGUAAGAAGCUGAUUAAGAGCCUCCGUAAAUAUCAUAAGAACUAUUACCCUGUGCUGAGGUGCCUCCACACUCUGACCACAUCUUUACCUCGAUAUCCACUUGGAAAACAGAUCAGAGAGCUCCAUUUAAUCUGUCUGGAGAAGAAUGUUUGGGAAAAUGAAGAUUACCAAUCUGCCUUGAAGCUCCUGAAGAUGCUCGCUAAGGAUGAGCUCAUAGUUUUGCUGCAGAGGUGUGUGGAGAUUUUACAGCCUGUCAAGUCAAAGAAGAUGAAGAGUGCUCGUGUUCAGUUGGAGGAGCUGCUCGCUAAGUUUAAGCAGCUGGACAUAGCUGCUGAAACUCCUCCCUGUGUGGAAGAAAGUCUCACAUCUCCAGUGAAAAAUCUUGGAAAGAAAACUGAUCUAUUCCAGCUGCAGAAGACACUGCUGGAAAUGAACGAGACACGGCGAUCCAAGAAACUGAGUCCGUUUGAGCUUGUUCGUAACGAAGCUCUGGAGUUCAUCGACGGCUUAGUGAAGAUUCACCUGUCCCCUCCUGAAUCUCAGACACUGAAUGAAGUUUGCUACUACAGCUCGUCUGCCACUGUGAGGCGUCACCUCAACGCAACACCUCGUACCUCCAUUCAGGCUGCUCUCAGCAGUCCCUACUAUUAUCUACAGAAUAACAACCUUAAGACGGAGGACUGCUCUGUCUCUAAUGCAGCUCCUGAUAUCUGCAUCGCCUACAAACUUCAUCUGGAGUGCGGCAGGCUAAUUAACCUCUAUGACUGGCUGGAGGCUUAUGCUACUGUUGUUUCUGCUGCUGAGGGCAACGAUCCUGAUUCUGACAGUUUUGGGAAAGUGGACGAAGUCAAACACGCUCGUUUCAUCCGAGCCGUGUCCGAGCUCGAGUUUCUGGGCUUCAUCAAGUCCACCAGACAGAAGACCGAUCACGUGGCUCGACUCACUUGGGGAGGCUGCUGACCCAACAGGAAAAAACCCACACCUGCUCUUCUCUUGGUACAUCUGUGGAAACUCACUUCACUGAGGCUCUUAACAAAUUUGACGUGGAUUUAUCUUUUGUAAUGGAUUUUUGUCUAAUAAAAUAAGAAGUGUCUGAU